UGGUGUUGAAUCGUGUUUUUUUAAAUGUGUGUUUUCACAACAAAAUGUACAUUUUAAAUGUACUAAGGACACGUGAGCGUUUCGAAGGCGAGACACUUUAAAUCACGUGACCCAAAAUGUACACCGUUUGCUAGUUGUGUUAUUUCGUCGCCGCGUAAAACUUAACAAUUAACUUAACUAAGUGCCUCCAAACUAUUGGCCGUCGCGGAAUUUCUUAAUUUACACGUGCGUUUAGUGAUUUUAUUUUGCAAUGUAUCCUUUCUAGGGCUCGGUUAAACUACGUAACUUGAACUGAAGCUUUCAACCACUGAACGUGACCAUUAUUAGUCGAGCUUCUCUGUGGCAGGAGUUUCCUCUUUUACAUGAAGCGCAUCGGCACCCUGGCAGGAGACAACACGAGACGACGGGCACGUUGGCGGCUUCGUGCACAUUAGUCGGGCAACUUUUAAAAGCUGCCAACUCAUCUCCCUCUCGCACGCAAGAACAAGAACUCAGUCAGACGUGAGCAGUCUCCAUAAAGCAAGAGGACUUACGGACGGAACUAAUCCAAAGGGAGUGUCUGGGAACUCUUCACGUCUACGGCGAGCGAGAUGGGCCAAACUCGCUCGGGUCCCUUGCAUACCAGCACCCCCGGCAGAGCAACAUGGAAAGAAGGCGAGACGGCCCCGCGUCCCGAUGCUCGUAGACUAAAAAGCGAGAGAAAGCGUCUUACUAUCCGGAUAAACGAGAACCCGAUGAAAAAGCAAGCCCUGUCGUGUUUGGGAAGGCGAAAGCGAGACUACAGCCCGACGAGAGCGGAGCCGACCUGCGGAAGCGAAGCGGGAGACCCAGCCUUCCGACACGAACGUCGAGAGGGAAAGUUACCCAGGGACGAGGCAGUACCGGCGGGCGAGGAUCAGCGAGUCGCCGCAGCUGGCUUUUCGGAGGCGCCGCCGUUGGCCCGAGAUGUGAGCGGGGAGACGACGGUCGGCCCACCCGAGAAGCCUGGCCCGGGGAGUCGGAGCGCUGAAGUGAGCGCUGCUGGCUGCGUGGAGACGAGUGCCGGGCGGGAGGACAAUGCCUCGGACCCCCCGGCGACGGCCAUGGAGUAUCAGGCGGUGGGGGAAAACAGCCAUGAUAGUGUAAUGGCACCAUUGGGAGAGAUGAGCCCGGAUGAGUCGGACUCUUCGCGGACUUUAACAAGCUUACAGUCGAGCGAACGUGUUGAUCGAGUGGAAGAUUCGGUUCAAAUGACAAAAAGUGAUUUAAUCAACGACCCCUGUCCGGUCGAAGGCACACACUGUGACGAGCCCCCCCGGAAUCUACCGUAUCUCGGCCCCAUACCGAAACUCAUCAUCACCCGGGACCCCAGUCCCAGCCGCUCCGAGGAGUCGUCGACUCAGCUGAGCCUCCGCACCGAGCUCAGCGCCCGGUGGGGCUCGGAGCUGCACCCGGACGACGAGUCUCCGUGCUCAGACAGUGGGUGCGGGGGGUCCCCGGCGCUGAUGCGCUCGCCCAGGAAGCUGUCCAACUCGUCCUCCAUCGGCCUGUCCUCAGCCUCGUCCUUCGAGGAGUCCGAGGACGACUACACGGGCAGCGACAUCGAGUCCAGCCUGUCCCCGACCAGGUCCCUCUGCAGUCCGGACGACGGCCCAGCGAAUAAGUCGUGGCAUAAGUUGAAAACCAUGGUGCACUGGUCGCCCUUCGUCGUGUCCUUCAAGAAGCGCUACCCGUGGGUGCAGCUCGCUGGCCAUGCAGGUAACUUUCAGGCCGGCGAGAACGGUCGCCUGUUAAAGCGCUACUGCGAGUGUGAGCAGCAGUGCCUCCAGAAGCUGAUGAAGGACACCCUUCAGCCGUACGUGCCUGGUUAUUAUGGGGUGGUGCAGAGAGACGAGCAGGACUACAACCUGAUGGACGAUCUGCUGGCUGAUUUUGACUCGCCGUCCAUCAUGGACUGUAAGAUGGGCAGCAGGACUUACUUGGAGGAAGAGCUGAUGAAAGCGAGAGAGCGACCGCGCUUGCGCAAGGACAUGUACGACAAGAUGAUCGCCGUGGACCCCGGAGCGCCCACGGUGCAGGAGAGGGCCCAGCAGGGCGUGCUUAAGCCCAGAUACAUGCAGUGGAGGGAGACGCUCAGCUCCACGGCCACGCUGGGCUUCCGCAUCGAGGGUAUCAAGAAAGCCGAUGGCACCUGCAACACCAAUUUCAAGACUACCAAACUCAAGGAGCAAGUGAUGCGGGCCCUGGAGGACUUUGUUGAUGGAAACACUCAGAACCUGAAGCUGUACCUGCAGCGACUGGAGGAGCUGCGGUCAGUGCUGGAGCAGUCGCAUUUCUUCAAAACCCACGAGGUGGUGGGCAGCUCUCUGCUGUUUGUGCACGACGCCUCGGGGAAGGCCCGCGUGUGGAUGAUCGACUUUGGCAAGACGGUGCCUCUGCCCGGCCACGGGACCCUAGACCACCGGACCCCCUGGGUGGAGGGCAACCAGGAGGACGGCUACAUGUGGGGGCUGGACAACCUCAUAGAUAUCUUCGGCUCCAUGCUGGCUCAGGCGCCCUGAGCCAGUGACCGUCGAAACUUCUCCAUGGAAAAAAUGGAAGAGGUAGAGAUUACGGACUCACUCCACUUAAUGCAAGAUAGGACUUUUAUGGCUAAGUGGAUUCCAGACGUGUUCUUCACGUAGUCGACAUGAGGCCGCUUGUCACCUCCUCGGAGGUUAUUUUGCCUGGUUUCAUGGUUUGCAUUUAAAUACUCGGCAACACUAAAACACUGGUUAUUCAACUAAGUGUCAACCAACUUGUGUAAAUACAAAUUUAUUUAAUUUUUCUGGCCUUUAUAUAACCCGCUUACCUUCCUUGUACAAUUUCUAUGCCUACAUCUGUAAAAGAGAGACCAUUUCUGCUAUUUUUCCUUCCUCCUUGAACCGUCUUUAUAGAGCAAUUAUGAGUGGGAUUCCAUUUUUUUGUCUUCACGGAUCGAAAUUCAAGCAGAAAACCUGUUUGGAACUUGUUGAACUAUGCAUCCUCAUGAAAGCCAUCGAUCAAAAUGAGCCGUGCCUCAAACUUUAAGCUUGGAAGCAGCAUUCCCAUUGGAUUUACACACACACACACUUAAGAACUGAAACUUCUUAAACUGAUGGAGCCACAUAAAAGGUUAAAGGAACAUUUAAAACUGGAACCAGCUGAUUAAAGUGAUCCCUUUUCUAAUUUUUCACCGUCUUUUAUCUUGAUCUUUAAACUGGACAAUGGGUUUACUGUUCUGUAUGCGGAAAAUGACAGCAAUAGCUUUAUGCACGGUUAAAAAUGAAUGUCUGCUGCUGUUUGAUUGAUGUGCGAUAGUAGAUGACCUUGUCUUUGACCGUGUGUGUGCUGAUAUCACACAAAAGAAAUCCGUCAUCUCUGAAAAGUCAACAUUGACUUGUUUACAAAGUAUUAUACUACUUCUAUCCAAGUAUAAGAGCUAACAGGUUCUUUUUUCCCCCCUCCUCCUCCUUACUGGGUUCUUUGUAACAUGAGGAAACUGGAUAUAAUAAUGUUUAUAUUCUAUAAGCACAAAUGUAUUUUUAAGCAGAGAAACUGCAGCAACAGGUUACAUUUACUAUGGAAUCUUCUUUGCUUUUUUUGCCAUGAAGGUAACGGAUUGCAAUAAACUGGAAAUAAGA